AUGCGAGGGGAAGGAGCUCCCCCAUUGGCUCCUACCGUGACCGCUUUCUCUCUGUUUGCUCUCAGGACUCUUAGGCCAACACCAACACCAACAAUACAACACGACACACCUCACUGCAUCGCGUUCUCUGAAAUGGAAGACCGUCUGGUCAUCAAUGCAUAUCGGCACUUAUAUAAAAGAGGACUACAAGCCGUCAGACAUGCAACCCCGGCGCGCCAUGUCCUACGAAAUAUCCUGAGAUCCUCUUUCCGAUCUGAAAGUCGCACCGAAUUCGAUCCAGCGAAGAUCGCACGUACCCUGGAAUUCCUCGAUCGCGCGGCCGAGUCUAACAGCUACGAGCAUAAAAUUCUCAGGAAUUUGUUACAUGUCAGAUAUUACGAACAGCCUCUCGCGAGGGUUGAAAGGGAUGCGAAAAUCUCUGGCCGCCGUGAUCGAGUACAGAAUUAUCUUCGAUUGUCUACAGCCGCGCAUUUCAACUCCACAUUGAUGCUCCUAAACGAAAGUCUCGGCACUUGUCUGAGAUGA